CGCAGCUUCAGUACACAAAACAAGAACUUAACAGUCGUGAAUGACGCUUUUAACGGUUGCAUCCGUGCGAAUAUUAAAUUCGGUUGUCGGUUGCUAAUCUAUUUUCUAUGUAACUUCUAGUUGCGAUUUAUAACAAAUUUUUGAAGUUCAAAAGUUUUAUUGUGGCAAUAAAGCGAAAAAGUGUAUACUCACGUAAAGAAGCAUAUUUAUAGGCGCGCAUCAGAAUAUCUAAUAAAAGUUUUUUAAGUAGUAGUUGGUGGUAUUCUCUGAGCAUUUACAGCCAACUCUCAAAGCGAAGGAUGUUUGUGUAAUGUGAAACUGUACUGAGGAGGCCAAUGAACAUUAAUUGAUGUCUGCGGGUACAAAAUAUAUACAAAUAGUUAAUAAAAAUAAGGGGUUUUAAAAGACCGUCGUAAUAAUGUAGGAGUGUAAAUUUAUUAAAAAGGAAAUGAAAAACCACUAUCGUACAAAAAUUAAAUUAGUACCUGAGUAGUGCUGUAAAUGGUUGUGAAGUGCAAGGUAUAGCAACAAGAAGGACGAGAGGAUAACAUUGUUGUUAUGCAAGAAAUAGUGUUUAAUUUUAUAAAGAAACUCUGCUGUCCUAAAAAUGGCCAUCAACAUAUUGGAUUAUGACCAUUACGCAAUCAGUGCGAUUGUCACGGUCAGUAUGCAGAUCCUAUUUUUCCUGAUCAAUUCCAUCUUACAAAUGGACAAGCUGACAGAUUUCGCCGGCGGUGUUAACUUCAUUAUAAUCUCCGUGCUCACCUUCUUUCUGGGACAGAUUGAUAGACCUUCGAAGGCCUAUGACAGCCGGCAGCUCAUGGUAACAUUAUUUGUCUGUCUCUGGGGAGCGCGCCUUUCCGGCUAUCUGCUAUAUCGCAUAAUAAAGUUAGGACGCGAUAAGCAGUUCGAGGACACACGGCGCAAUAUAAUCAGAUACGCUGUUUUUUGGACAUUUCAGGCCGUCUGGGUAUACGUGGUAUCCUUACCAGUGAUAAUCAUUAAUUCGCCACGUCAUUCACAACCAAAUGCUCCUAAGACCAUGACCACAUUAGAUUCCACAGGCACGGGGAUGUUUAUUGUGGGAUUAUUGGCAGAGACUUAUGCAGAUCUGCAAAAGUUCUCUUUUCGACAGGAUCCAGCGAAUCAAGGAAAAUUUUGCAACGAUGGCCUGUGGAGUCUAUCCCGUCAUCCCAAUUACUUUGGUGAGGUUGUGAUCUGGUGGGGAAUCUUCGCCAUUUCUCUAAAUGUUAUUACUGGCCACGAAUGGGUGGCUAUCGCUUCGCCCAUCUUUACCACCUUCAUAAUACUCUUUCUGUCAGGCAUACCACUGCGUGAACGCUCAGCCGAUGAGAAAUAUAAAGACCAACUGGAGUAUCGUAAGUACAAAGCAUCCACAUCACCACUGAUCCCAAUACCGCCCUCCGUAUAUGUUGAAGUACCGAGCGCCCUGAAAUUCAUACUGUGCUGCGAGUUUCCCAUUUACGACACAAUGCGCAUCCAAAAAGAUAUCAGCCCCUACUCAUUGUCUAUUGCACGCUCCCACUCUCAUAUAUAGCAAUCAGUUGCCCAUUCUGGUAGUGGGCAACAAGGCGCAGUGGGUUAUUCAUUGCAGCGACAUGGUACGGAUGCAGGCUCUGUACAUCGUGGCCAAUGCUAUGGCGCAAAUGGCGGUGAUGCAGAGAGUCAUCAUAAUUGCGGUGGAACCUGCCGGAAUGCGCACAUAAAGUCCAAUCCGUAUCAAAGCGAAUCUGGCUAUGGUGGGUACACCGGCUGCCACAUAAACGGGAGCUCGACAAACCAACGAAAUUCCAAUAUUGCUGCCCAUAACACCUCCGAUGAUGAUGAUGACACCGAUGAUGGUAUUAUUUACAUGCCUGGGCCGUCUUCAUCCAAAAAGCAGCCACACUACUUUCAUUCGCCUAUGGAAAAUGCGUCGGAGAAGAAGCAACGCGCCGAAAACUCAGAUGGCGGGGAGCAAGUGGAGCAGGAACUUGAGGAAGACUAUGACGAGGACAUACCGCCAAUUGAUCUGAGCAAAGCGCCAAGCAUAGAAAGUUUCGUGACCAAAGUGCAAACAGAAAAGGGUGUUAACGCUGACGGUGCGUCUUUUACGGUAACCACAAUACUGUGAUCUGACAGCGACCUAUGACAGCAAUUAUUUGUACUUGCAUUUUGAAGAGAAAAAAGUCAAAUUUUAGAUGUAUGGGAUGUUAUGGUUAAUUAUCAAAUGCAUUAACUUGAGUAAGCAUACUUUUUUUUUGUAAACGAGAAAGAUGCACGCUCUUGCGGCGUCAAAGGAGUAUUAAAUUUAAAUGUGCUGUUCGAAAUGAUUUGCGAUAUAAUAUGUAAUGAUGUGCCAAAGGCUAUAAUUUGAUUUAAGUAGCUAGAUAAUUUCUAUUUAUGCUUGUAUGCUAUGUGCGAACACUUCUCUACACUUGGGAUGUAACUGGAUGCCGCUAAUAAAGCCAAUAACCGCGAUGGAUUUGCGCUCUUAUCUCUGUUUGUAUAGUACGUAUGUAUGUGUGUGUGCAAAGUGUAAAUUCGAAAAAUGUUAGAACUCAAUAAAUAUGGACAUAUGUACAUACAUACCUAUACAUUGUAUAGCUGUUACAACCUACAGUCUAAAGCAACAAAAACAAUUAAAAUAUACUCUAAAAAUGUGCCUAACAUUUGUUGCACUUAUUCAAAGUCUACGAAACUGUUAUAAAGUUAUAAAACCAUAAUAUAAGAAAAAAGUAUAACAAAAAUACAAUUGAAUUUAUUAGAACAGCAUGCAAAAAAAAUUAUUUACACACAAAUUUGCAAUUGUAUGUGCGUGUAGUUUUUCUAUUUGAGUUAUGGAUUAUGCGUGCUUAGGUGAAAAGUGGCGCAAAAUUAGUCAUCCAAUCGGUUGUGAAUUUUGUUUUUUAAAUACAAAAAAAAAAAGUUAAUAAUUUUGAGUGAUUGAAAUCUUUAUUUUUACCUUAAGAUGCUCCAUUGCUUGUCUGUUUGUAUAAGUACUGCAGCUGUCUAGUUCACAAGUGUCAAAUAAGGCUUACAAUUCGAAGCCAUUUGCAAAAAUUAUAAACCUUGCGAUAGGGCAAUUAAUUUUGCGCCACCUUGUAUUUAUUUAAGUACGUACGUGUGCUACAUGAAAAUUUGCGCAAAGAAGCAUAUACAUAAGUACAUAUGUAAGCAUGUAUGUAUGUACUUUCUGCAUUCAGUUAUCGAAUGGAGUAUUAUCACACAGCCCACCAUCGCGAUCGUAGCAGAUACAUCAAACAUAUCCAAUAACAAGCCCAACAACAGUUUUAGCUUUGAACUCAAAGUACAACUAACCACACUUUUAAACUUGAAAAACAAAAAACCCAGAAACAAGAAAAUAAGAAUAAUAAUGUAUAUACUAAAUACAAUACAUAUGUACAUUAGUUUUAACCUAUAAUAGAUUUGUAUAUCAAGUGUUUCAAGAACCUUACAUAUCCAUAAGCAUAUGUACAUAUGUAUGUGCGUACAUACAUAUAUGGUAUAGUAUGCACGCAACUUAAAACAUUUUAAUAACUACGGAUACCCAAGUAUUCAACCAAAGAAACCUAAACUCUUGACUACACGCCUCAUUUCUUUUAUUUCUUUUUGUUGUUUGUUUGAAUUAUUUCUAAGGUUUAUAAGAUUUUCACUAUUGUAAAUUUUUAUUGAAAUGAUUUUUUUUGCAGUACUUUCUUCCGUAUAUACAUAUGUAUGUACUUAAAAAUACUUGCCAAGCCUAAAAGUCUUACGGAUGGGAUUCGUAGUUGCUCAAUUUUGCUCCCUUAUGAGUCCGAUUGCUGCUCAUUACUCAAAAUAUAUGUGAAUCUGCUCAAAUUUCUCUCGCUCAGCUCAUGAGCGAGCAUUUACGAAGCCUCAUCUUAUGUUCGAGAAGUAUGAAGGUGUCAAAAAACAAACGAAUUAUUUAAUUAUUAGAUAUUUUCGUUCAAAAAUUACAAGCUACAUAUAUUUUUUUAAUAAACACGUACAUAUGUAAGUACAUUACAUUUUCCAAAUCUAAUGGAAAAUCUAGUGACUUUUAAUUCUGAAAUAUCUCCAUUUGACACGUGUUACCGAAAAGACUAUUUUUGUUUGAACCUGUUUCAAGUUAAAAGAAAAGAAAAACCAACUUGCGAUUGUGUACAUGUGAACAUACUCAGUAUGAAAUGGGGGGCAUUUAUGUAUGUGUGUAAUCAAAUAUUCUAUAUACAGGGUGUUUUGCUGCCGACUACAUUCAGCGGUUAAUUUCAUGACGAAAGAGACCAAACAUUUGUGUGCAACUCAAAGGACCUAGGAAUGGCAGCCAUUUUGUCUUGCUUCACUUCUUCUGAUGUAGAAGUCUUAUAAGGCUGUCUCAAGGGUCCGUUUCGUCAGUUGCGGCAGCGCAUUUGACGUGUAAUACGUGCCAUGGGGCCACAAUGAAAGUAUUGCCACAUAUAAAACAAAUGUUCUUGUCGUGAAAACAAAUAUUAUAUUUCGUUGUGUAUAACCUAGUUUUUGUUGGUAAGAUAUUGAAGCGAAAAGGGAUUUUGACAGGAUUUGUGGUAGUCGUAGACGCUUUGUGCGACAAUAACUUAGAGAUAGGGACGCACAUUCAUUUUUCAGGAUUAUGUGGCGCCUUCGACUCAAAUACACCUAGUAUAUUCUGCUGUCAGUCAAAUUCCUUGUCACAACGGGCGGAACGGUCCCAUUUUGACAGGCCUAUUAUACUUACGAAAAUAAAAUUAUCCGCUAGAUAACUUUCAAAAUUGUUAAACGAGAGAGCAAAGUGAAAAAAAUUAAAAAACAAUAUUGUUUACGGUUACGCUGUUUAUGGACACAACUAAAGUGUUAACGUGCAACCUCAUAUCUUCAUACUUACUUACUAUGAGUUAUUUAAUCUUAAGAACAGCAGCAAAUUUUAAACUUUGUGUUUACUAUAAUGUUUUAGGAGGCUUGGUUGCUCGAACUUGAAAUUGCUUUUGGUUUUUAACAA